CUCUGGAUUGCUGGCGGGUCGGAUCCAGCGGGAUCUCUGUGGACCCUCAGCCAGUGGUCAGUCGGACUGCAGCCGACCGGGAACUGGGUUGGUCCCAGCCGAGUCCAGGCGCCAUGGGGGCAAAGAGCAUGCUGCCCAUUAAGGAGGCCUUCCAGCUGGCGCAGCAGCCGCACCAGAACCUGGCGAAGCUCGUGGUGGCGCUGAGCCGCACCUACCGCACGAUGGAUGAUAAAACAGUUUUUCACGAGGAGUUCGUUCAUUACCUUAAAUAUGCUAUGGUGGUCUAUAAACGUGAACCAACUGUGGAGAGGGUGAUAGAAUUUGCCGCAAAGUUUGUUACUUCGUUUCACCAAUCAGAUACGGACAAUGAGGAGGAGGAGGAUGGUGGCAUUUUAAAUUAUUUGUUUACUUUUCUGUUAAAGUCUCAUGAAGCAAACAGCAGUGCUGUUAGAUUUAGAGUGUGCCAACUCAUAAACAAACUCUUGGGAAGUAUGCCAGAAAAUUCCCAGAUUGAUGAUGAUUUGUUUGAUAAAAUUAAUAAAGCCAUGCUUAUUAGAUUGAAAGAUAAAAUUCCAAAUGUGAGGAUACAGGCAGUUCUGGCUCUUUCACGACUUCAGGAUCCCAAAGAUGAUGAAUGCCCAGUGGUUAAUGCAUAUGCUAUUUUGAUUGAAAAUGAUUCAAAUCCAGAAGUUAGGCGUGCAGUUUUAUCAUGUAUUGCACCAUCAGCAAAGACAUUGCCCAAAAUUGUAGGGCGUACCAAGGAUGUGAAAGAGGCUGUCAGAAAGCUGGCUUACCAGGUUUUAGCUGAGAAGGUUCAUAUAAGAGCUAUGUCCAUUGCCCAGAGAGUAACGCUUCUUCAACAAGGUCUAAAUGACAGAUCAGACACUGUGAAACAAGCAAUGAAGAAGCAUCUUCUCCAAGGCUGGUUACGAUUCACUGAAGGGAAUAUAUUACAGUUGCUUCAUCGCUUGGAUGUGGAAAAUUCUUCUGAUGUGGCGGUCUCUGUUCUCAAUGCCUUAUUUUUAGUGACUCCUCUUCCUAAACUGGCAGAGAUCUGUAAAAAUAAUGAUGGCAGGAAAUUGAUUCCAGUGGAAACAUUAACUCCUGAAAUUGCUUUGUAUUGGCGUGUCCUUUGUGAAUAUUUGAAAUCAAAAGGAGAUGAUGGUGAAGAAUUUUUAGAGCAGAUUUUGCCAGAGCCUGUAGUUUAUGCAGAGUAUUUACUGAGUUAUAUUCAGAGCAUUCCAGUUGUUAAAGAUGAACAGAGAGGUGAUUUUUCCUAUAUUGGAAAUGUGAUGACCAAAGAGUUCAUAGGUCAACAAUUGAUUCUUAUUAUCAAGUCUUUAGAUACCACUGAAGAAGGAGGAAGGAAACGACUGCUGGCUAUUUUACAGGAAAUUCUUACUCUUCCGACAACUCCAGUAUCCCUAAUUUCUUUUCUUGUUGAGAGACUGCUCCACAUCCUUAUAGAUGAUAACAAGAGAACACAAAUUGUUACGGAAAUUAUAUCAGAGAUUCGGGCACCUAUUGUUACUGUUGGUGUUCAUGAUCCAGCUGCUGCAAGAAAGAAAGAACUCAAGAUGGCUGAAAUAAAAGUUAAACUUAUUGAGGCAAAAGAAGCCUUGGAAAAUUGCAUCACCUUACAGGAUUUUAAUCAAGCAUCAAAAUUAAAAGAAGAAAUAAGAGCAUUAGAAGAUGCUAAAAUAAGCCUAUUGAAAGAGACAGAGCAACUUGAAAUUAAAGAAGUCCACAUAGAAAAGAACGAUGCUGAAACACUACAGAAGUGUCUUAUUUUGUGCUAUGAACUGUUGAAGCAGAUGUCCACUUCAACAGGUAUAAGUGCAACCAUGAAUGGGAUCAUUGAAUCUUUGAUUCUCCCUGGAAUAGUAACUGUUCAUCCUGUAGUAAGAAAUUUGGCUGUUUUAUGCUUGGGAUGCUGUGGACUACAGAAUCAGGAUUUUGCAAGUAAACACUUUGUAUUACUAUUGCAGGUUUUGCAAAUUGAUGAUGUGACAAUAAAAGUAAGUGCUUUGAAGGCAAUCUUUGACCAACUGAUGACAUUUGGGAUUGAACCAUUUAAAACUAAAAAUAUCAAAGCCCUUCAAAGUGAAGCAGAAAUAAACACUGAAGAAGAACAAGAGUCAAAGGAAGAUGAAGAUGAGACUGCUACAGCCAGGAAUAUUCUGAAACUCCUUUCUGACUUCUUAGAUAGUGAGGUAUCUGAACUCAGGACAGGAGCUGCAGAAGGACUAGCAAAGCUGAUGUUCUCUGGGCUUCUGGUCAGCAGCAAGAUUCUUUCUCGUCUCGUCUUGUUGUGGUACAAUCCUGUGACUGAAGAGGACGUUCAACUUCGGCAUUGCCUAGGCGUGUUCUUCCCCAUGUUUGCUUAUGCCAGCAGGGCUAAUCAGGAAUGCUUUGAGGAAGCCUUUUUACCAACUCUGCAGACACUGGCCAGCGCCCCUGCGUCUUCUCCAUUGGCAGAAGUAGAGGUUGCUAAUGUUGCUGAGCUGCUUGUGGACUUGACGAGACCGAGUGGCUUAAAUCCUCAGGCCAAGCACUCUGAGUAUCAGGCCUUAACAGUUCAUGACAAUUUGGCAAUAAAAAUUUGCAAUGAGAUCUUAACAUGUCCACACUCACCAGAAAUUCGGGUUUAUACGAAAGCCCUGAGUUCUUUAGAACUCAGUAGCAAUCUUGAUAAAGAUCUUUUGGUUCUCUUGAAUGAGAUUUUGGAGCAAGUAAAAGAUAGGACAUGUCUGAGAGCUUUGGAGAAAAUCAAGAUUCAGUUAGAAAAAGGAAAUAGAGAGUAUGGUGAGCAAACUGCAGCGGAAAAGGAUGACAACAUGACUACGACUGAUUUUCAAAAUGAAGAUGAAAAGAAUAAAGUAUAUACCACUCCUCUCAAGGAUAUAAAAGCAACCCAAGCAUCAAAAUCCACUCAGCAAAAGACUAACAGAGGACGGAGAAAAGUGACAGCUUCAGUAAGUAUGAACAGGAGAUGUCAGAUGGCUGAGGCUGACUCUGAAAGUGAUGAUGAAGUUCCAGAGCCAGAAUCAGAAAUGAAGGUGAGAUUACCAAGACGAGCCAAAAUAGCCGCACUGGCGAAAAGUAAACUCAACCUCGCGCAACUUCUUGAUAAAGAUACUGGUUAGGAGAAGAGACCGCGGAGGUGGGGUUCUUUUAA